AUGGUUUCUUCUCAUCUACCUUCUCAACCAAAAGCUCGCACACACAAGCCUGUUCAGUUCCAGAUGCUCUUACCUGUGAAUCCUCCUGAUGCUGUUUCUUCUGAGCAGGUUGAGUUAGACUUUUCUGAUGUAUUUGGCCCACUGCCAAUCCAAGCUUCCUCAGAUCUCAGUAAUGGAAAAUCUGGAACAGCAGAUGUGAAUGAGCUUGUGUAUGAUGAUCCUGAAGUUAUAUACAACCGAUCACAUUCUUUGGUUGGUCCUUCUGCUUGUGUUAGUCAAUCUCUGAAACUCAGUGGACUCACCAUACAUGAGAAAGAGGGUCCAAUUGAAAUUGAUGAUUGUGUUAUCAACAAGACAAUCAAAGAAGAUCAAGAACUCUCAGAGAUUGAUUCUGUUGCUGAGGAGGUUCCUGAUGAUUUGACAAAGGUCCAGACUGUGGGCCUUGAGGAUUUUGAGGUUUUCAAAGUUGUUGGACAGGGUGCAUUUGGAAAAGUGUAUCAAGUAAGAAAAAAGGGCACGUCAGAAAUUUAUGCAAUGAAGGUCAUGAGGAAGGAUAAGAUCAUGGAGAAAAACCAUGCUGAAUAUAUGAAAGCAGAGAGGGAUAUUUUAACAGAGAUAGAUCAUCCCUUUAUUGUUCAACUCAGAUACUCAUUCCAGACAAAAUAUCGACUUUACCUGGUGCUAGACUUCAUUAAUGGUGGACACCUUUUCUUUCAACUAUAUCAUCAUGGCCUUUUCAGAGAAGAUCUGGCACGUGUCUACACAGCAGAAAUCGUUUUGGCGGUGUCUCACCUUCAUUCUAAGGGCAUAAUGCACAGGGAUCUCAAACCUGAGAAUAUUCUACUGGAUGCAGAUGGCCAUGCGAUACUCACUGAUUUUGGAUUAGCGAAGCAAUUAGAAGAGAAUACAAGAUCAAACUCUAUGUGUGGAACUGUAGAAUACAUGUCACCGGAAAUUAUUCUUGGUAAGGGCCAUGAUAAGGCUGCUGAUUGGUGGAGUGUUGGAAUUCUGUUAUUCGAGAUGCUUACUGGGAAGCCUCCAUUCAUUGGCGGUAAUAGAGACAAAAUUCAACAGAAGGUUAUUAAAGAUAAAAUUAAGCUGCCAGCAUUUCUGUCAAGUGAGGCACAUUCUCUGUUGAAAGGGCUGCUGCAAAAGGACCCGAGUAAGCGGCUUGGUAGUGGACCCAAGGGAAGUGAUGAAAUAAAGAGGCAUAAAUGGUUCAAGUUGAUCAACUGGAAGAAAUUGGAAGAUAGGGCAAUACAACCAAGUUUUCGGCCCGAAGUUGCAGGAAAACAUUGCAUUGCUAACUUUGAUAAGCAGUACACAGAAAUGCCAGUCUCAGAUUCUCCAGUUUCAAGUCCUAAAGUUGAUGACCUUUUCCAGGGUUUCACCUAUGUGAGGCCUGCUUCCCCCUUUCUCCAAAGAGAGAGUCCUUUGUGCUAG